CGUCACACUCGGAACAACACAGCAUUGUCACUUAGAAAUUUGAAACAUUUCCACUUCCAAAAAUCACAAGUAUAAAAUGUAUCAUAUCCGGUGGAGGUUUUAAAAGAAGAGUGGCCUUCUUAACCGUCGGAGCUACCAAAUGACGUGAUUGAGGAGAGACGAUGCUAUGCCCCGCAUACUACCUUCACCGAACAAAAACACCACCUCAUUCAGAUGUUCUGAACAAAGAAAGCCUAAGCCAUUCUCACUUCCUCACUUCUCAUACAUCUCUGCUCCUCCUGCUUCCUCGUUAUACACACUUUCCACAGUCGCAACACGGCCGGUCCUGACAAUCCAAGAUGGCCUCAACCUCCGCUCCAUCGCCCUCGGAGGCAUCAGCACCAACAACAGACACCCAUCAUACCCAAUCCCAAAACUCACCAGCACUCAACAACAACAACAAAGACUACGACCUCUCCACCCCCAUCGACCCCAACAACAGCGUCGGCGGCCUCCGCCAAAACCUCACCUCCUACGGCGACGCCCACUUCUCGCUCUUCAUGCGCAAGCUCUUCAUCAAGGCCAUGGGCUACAGCGAAGACGCGCUCUCGCGGCCCAUCAUUGGUAUCGUCAACACUUACUCCAGCUUCAACCCUUGCCAUGCCAACAUGCCGCAGCUCAUGGACGCCGUGAAGCGGGGGGUUCAGCUCAACGGCGGGCUGGCUAUUGAUUUUCCUACGAUUAGUUUGCAUGAGUCGUUCGCGAGUCCGACGAGCAUGUACCUGCGGAAUCUGAUGAGUAUGGAUACCGAGGAGAUGAUUUUGGCGCAGCCGGUUGAUGCUGUGGUUUUGAUUGGAGGAUGUGACAAGACGACUCCAGCUCAGUUAAUGGGUGGCAUCUCAGCCAACAAACCCAUCAUCCACCUAGUAACAGGCCCCAUGAUGCCCGGUAGUUUCCAAGGGACUCGCGUCGGCGCGUGUACAGACUGCCGGAACAACUGGGCCAAAUUCCGCGCCGGGACGCUCGACAUGGAGGACAUGGCCGCCCUAAACGAGGAGCUCGCGCCCACGUCCGGGACCUGCGGCGUAAUGGGUACGGCCUCAACAAUGGCCUGCCUCCUCGUCGCCCUCGGCCUGAUGCCGCUUUCCUUACCCUCCGCCACCGCCCCCGCCGUCUCGUCCGCUCGUUUACGGGUUGCCGAGCACACCGGCGCCCUGGCCGUGCAGCUCUCGCAAUCCCAACUGAAGCCUCAGGACCUCCUGACGUGCGAGUCUUUUCUUAAUGCCAUCACGGUCCUGCAAGCCAUCGGCGGCUCCACCAACGCCAUCGUCCACCUGAUGGCCAUCAUCAACCGCCACCCUUCUCUUGCGGGAACUAUUUCGUUGAAAACCAUCGACGACAUCGGCCGCAAAACCCCGCUCCUCGUCGACCUCAAGCCGUCGGGUAACAACUACAUGACCGACUUCCACAACGCAGGCGGCAUGCUCGCCCUGCUGCACCAACUACGUCCACUCCUACACCUCGACGCCCUGACCGUCACCGGCCGCACGUUGGGGGAGGAACUCGAUUCCAUCCCCUUUCGCCCCCUUCCUUCGGGUACCGAACUAGGCCAAAUCAUCCACCCCCUCUCCUCACCCCUCUACCCCUCCUCCAGCCUCAUCGUCUUCGACCCCUCCAUCUCCAACCUCUGUCCCCUAGGCGGCGCCGUCAUCAAAGCCUCGGCCUCCAAAUACCGGCGUCUGCUUCAACACCGCGGCCAAGCCGUGGUUUUCCACGGUCCAGCCGACCUAGCUCGCCGGAUCGAUUCCCCGGACCUCAACGUCACGCCCGACUCGGUCCUGAUCCUCCAACACAUCGGCCCCGUCGGCUUGCACAGCCCAGGCAUGCCGGAGGCGGGCAUGAUUCCCAUUCCGCGCAAGUUGGCCUUACAGGGGGUGGAGGACAUGUUGAGGAUCUCGGAUGGAAGGAUGUCGGGGACGGCGGGCGGGACAAUCGUGUUGCAUGUCAGUCCGGAGGCGGCGGAUCCGGAGAGCGUGUUGGGGGUGGUGAGGGAUGGGGACUGGGUUGUUUGUGAUGUGGAGGGGAGACGGUUGAAUGUGGCGUUGUCGGGGGAAGAGAUUGAAAAACGGAAAAGGGAGAGGAGGGAGGGAAUGAAGAAAGGUUUUUCUAAAGAGGAGGAGGAGAAAGGGAAUUGGCAGAAGAGAGAGGGGAUGAGGGGGUAUAGAGGGUUGUAUAUGCGGGAGGUGAAUCAGGCGGAUGAAGGGGCGGAUUUUGGGUUUUUGACGGCUGCUGGACCAAAAGGGAAAGGGAAGGGGGAAGUGAAAGGGGAAGGGGGAGGAGAAGGGGCAAAGUGAGGUUAUUCAGAGGGUCAACCUUUGAUGAUGGAAAACGUACCUUGGGCUUCGGUCCUCCUGAGGGAGUGGCUGUGAACGGUCGGCCUUCUAGCAGUUAUGCCUCAACCGAGUAGAGUCGGUACACCGGCGGUCACCUUUCUUUCACCUUAGCUCCUACCU